AUGUUUUCUCUUUUAGUUCAAAGGGCAAAUGUUCGAACUGCUACAGACUUUUACUUUUGGGCCAAUAUUCUUUUUGAUGGUAUCGACAUGACUUAUGUCCUUCCAACGUCAUGGUCAACUGUCAAAGGAUAUAUCAACGAAUUUUGCCAACCAAAGAUCCCAGUCUACGACAUUUACAAGAAAAUAACUCCGGAUCCAAAAGCUUUAGACGAUUAUUAUGAAAAAAGCGGCUAUUAUUUCGUAAAUACAACAUCACUUACUAAAUUCUAUGGUUUGAUGGGCGACUUUGAUAUAUCACCCAUUGUUAAUAAUUUAUAUGCCAACAAGAAGUAUAUUAAGGACAUUUGCAACAUUUUAGAGUUUGAUGGCGAUAGAAUCGAAAAACUUAUCAUAAAUCUCAAGGAAAAUCCAGACCAAGCCAGAUUAGUUGACUUACUCGAAGGCAUGAAGCUCGGAACUAACUAUAUCUACGACGCUCUCGAUAUUUUCAACUUCAUGAUGACGAAGAAAGAUACAUUCCUUCUCCAAGACGUUCCAGGCCACAUAUUCUUCGAAUGCGAUGCCGUUAUGAACCUUAUUGCUGACAUUCCUGAGAUAGUUUCAAAUGAUUAUAUUACAAUCGCCGAAAUCAUGAGAGAAAUCAACUAUUUGAUUGAUUUCGGCAUCAACUCAUGGGAAGCCAACAAACUGUUCAUCAAACAUACCAAUUUGCUCUUAUUCGAACCAAUAAUUCGCAUGAUUCCUAAAAAUGCUAAAGAUGUGAUCAGAAAAGUUAAAAACAUCAUCCAAUUAUAUGAUGACAUCAUUGCUGACUCUGAUUUACCAGAAGAAGUCAAAGAAUUCACAAAAACAUUUAAUUUCGCCAUCGAAGGCCUUAAAAUGUUCAUUGACAAAGGCUUCUCCAUUGAAUCAGUAUCAAUGCUUGUUGUUGGAUUCGAAUACGCCGCCAAAGUCACUAGACAAGGCAAACCAUUAGUUUCCUCCUACAACAAUGGCAACUUCACAGGCGAAUCCCUUGGAACAGUCAUCAGAGCGAUGGCAAGAUCAGGUGUAUCAAUGAAGGAACUUGUUAUGGCAAUUGGCUAA